CACUCUUCCACGGGAUGACUAUAGGCGAGUCUUGAUGCCAACACACAACCAGUCGACUUGUUUUAGCCUAAAAAGUUGUAUCGAUUAAGUAGCCUUUAAUCAAUGCCUAAUUUAGAUGCAAAGCCCGUUUUUAAAAUCAAGUUGAGCCUUUUUGUUUUUCUCAUCCAGAAAGACGCAAUAAUAACAUCAAAUCAAGGAAAUGACAUUUUCCCAAUCAUAUGCUGCUGUUGCUCCUGACCUCGAAUCAUUUUGGAUUUAUGCUAUACAAGUCAAGCAUCGCAUGUACACAGCAACCGUUAGGAGAUGUUGAAAUGUGUCUUAUUCACCGCAGUCGAUUGACAAGUGCACACAGUGCUCAGCAGCCGGUUUUGACUCUGAAUGUAACAACAACAACUUCAUUUGCAUGUUGAUUCAAUUCAAUGGCCGACGGCAAUAUUAGACGGACAGAAAAAUGAUAAAAAGAAUUAAAGGGGGGCGGAGACUGACUGUAUAACGAGAGUCUCGGUGCUGUCCAAUCAUCAACUACCUCCCGAAUAACUCGACCGUGAGUAAUUCAACUCUGCCUCUGGCGUCCAUCACCAAAACAAUUCCAGGGCCAGCAUCAGCAGUUGUUGUGUGCUACUACGUGUCCAGUUCCGAGUUUGUUGGCCAGCCCAUUGUGAUACUGCUGGUUGUAAUUGUCGUCGUCGCUCGUUUGUUUUUCUGGCUCCUGCCCAGCAGUGGUGGAACCAACAACAACCACAACAACACCAGUCCAUCAGUGUCCAGAUGAUCCGACAUCUUGCGCCAAAUUGAAAUGAAGUUGAGCAAAAGUGUCACCAUCAGCUGCAACAGGAUCCAACAACACUUUCCGUUUUACUAUCGCAACAGGUACGUGCCUCGAUGGCGCAUUCAACUGGCCCUGGGAAUCUGCCUGGGCUUCCUCCUGGCCGUCUUAAGAGGAAUGGAAUCGCUGCUAGAGGAUUCGAUGUCGGUCGAUUGGUCCGUCCAGUUUGCCAAUGAGCCACUCAGUCGGCCAUUCAAAGUGCCUGGACCCGAAUCACUUUGCCCGUCAGCGUUCCGACCCGGUGGUGGCGCUGGUGGCGCUGGAGGCGCGGACACGGAGCGAAUUAAUUUCAUCGAAAGUACCGGACGUGAAUGUCUGACUCCCCGUCAAGCCUGCGGCGUCGAAUCGGCCGCCAGGGCCAAUCCCGGCAUGCACGUCAAAGUUUAUCUCAACACGCACAGGAUCGGUCCGCCCGGAUGGGACGAUCUACUCCGACGACCCGGUCGGGUCCGAUCCUGCGCCUUCAACGACAUGCUGCUGGCCCAGGACUUUUCCUCAAACGUCCAAAUGGUCCGGCAGAAUUUCACGCAAGUGCUGGCCGACAGUCUCUUCCGGCCGUUGGUAGCCAGCGGCAAUUUCCACUCGAGUCACUGGUCGGUGGUCCAAAUCAGCGACGCCAUUCGGCUGUUGUUGUUGCAACAACACGGCGGAUACUACCUGGACUUUGACAAUAUCGUCUUCCGGCCACUCCAUUGCCUCCGCAAUGGAUUCUCCUACCUGGAAGAGCAUCCCAACAUCGAGAAUGGCAUCAUGGUGAUGGAUGCUAAUCAUCCGUUCUUGUCUUUUCUCAUCCGCUAUUUGAUGCAGACGUACGACCCCAACAAACGGGUCAGCCUGGGCCCGCCGGCCUUUGGCAAAGCCUUUAAACUCUUUUGCCACAUUAAUGAUCCGCUUUUCAAAUCGGGAUUGCAUCGAUGCCUGGACAAUUCCAAUUUGACGCUCUUCCAUCCGGAUUCAUUUUUCCCAGUGAGACAUUACGAACUGGGCCAUUUCUACGCGACCACCUGGCCCGGGUUGGACCUGCAGAAAAUGGAACGGGCCUAUUUGACUCACGUCUACUUGUCCAGUUGGGGCCGCAAAGUUCAUCCCAACUCGCUCUACUCGCGACUGGCCCGCCAGUAUUGCCCGUCCGUCUGGCAAUUGACCAAAGAGACCAACAUCCCCCUGGGAUUUUGAUUUUUCGUCCCGCCCAAUUUAUUCAAAAAAUGGAAAAGAAGAAUAAUGAUUACAGCAUUGAUCUAAAAUGACAUUUAUUGUGUGUUGUAAUAAGCGUAUGUCUACAUUUCCCCCCCAGUCAUGUGGUGUUUGAUUACUCUUUGGCUAAAUUGCGUGGCGCGGAUAUUGGAAUUUUCAAUAGGAUAGAAAUCGCGGGAAAUUUAAAGGCAUUUU